CGCAAGUUCCAACUAGUCAACCACGGCCGAGUCCAUGGAAGGGUGCCUCACGCUUGUCCUGUCUGUGGCAAGGAGUUCCUACAGAAACGGACGCUUGUUGCGCAUAUGAAAAUCCAUACGGGUGAAGGAGUGGUGGCAUGCCUGGAGUGUGGCGAGGCGUUCAAAUGCAAGACGGAGAUGCAGCAACACUGCAAGAUGUCGCGGCAUUGUAUGAGCGGCAGCGUCACGCAACAAACACAGCAACAACAGGUACAGCAACAGAACACCCAACAACAGCAGCAGCAACAACAACAGCAGGCUCAACAACAAGCCCAACAACAGCAGCAGCAACAACAACAACAGCAAGCGCAACAGCAAGCUCAACAGCAGGCGCAGCAACAGCAGCAACAACAACAGCAGCAGCAGCAGCAGCAACAACAACAGACGACGGUUAUAAAACAGGAUGAUUUCAAGCCGCAAAUUGUACAUCUCAUCGGUGCUGACGGUCAGAUCGUGACAGAAAAGGUGACGCCCGGCUAUCCCUGUCCAGAGUGUGGCUCCUGCUUUAACAAUAAGGAGGCAUUAUCGCUGCACGUGCGGCUGCACGCGGGCGACCGCACGUGCGUGACGGACCUGUGCGCGCUCACGGCCGCGCUGCAGCCCGGCCUGGUGCAGCACACGCAGCACAAUCAGCCGAUACAAAUAAUAUCCUCAAACCCAAACAACGUAGUACACACGCAAGUCAUUGCCACUCAAAAUCAUCACAUAGCAACGCCGCGACCGAAGAUCCACUUUUGUGUAGAUUGUGGCAAAGGAUUUGCGGCGAAACACGGCCUAUUAGCGCAUCACAGAAGACACCCAGACGGGAGCUGUACGCUGAGAACGCACGUAUGCGACCAGUGCGGAAAAGCGUUCUUCCAGAAAAACCACCUCAUGCUACAUCAGAGACAGCACAUGGACCUGCCGCCUAGAAAUAGAGACACGAGUAACAACGACAAUGGGGCGAUAAUAAUGAUAACGGGACAUUCGAAGAACUUCCAAUCACAACAGCAACAGGCGCAGCAACAAGCACAACAGCAAGCCCAACAACAGGCACAACAACAGGCGCAACAACAGGCGCAAGCAGCGCAGCAGGCCGCGCAACAAGCCGCCCAGCAAGUCGCCCAGCAAGUCCAGCAACAGGUCCAGCAACAAGUCCAGCAAAUGCAGAUUGAGAUAGAACCUCAGGAGCACCAACAGCCGACGCACAUACAAGUGGUGACGAACCGGUCGGGGCAGGUGAUCGGCAACCAGAUCGUGGUGGGCGGCGUGGGCCGGCGGCUGGUGGGCUCGCAGCUGCACGUGAUCGGCCGCGACGGCAAGACCAUAGGCACGCAGCUGCCGCUCAAGCACCAGCGACACAACGCCAACAGCGGUGACGUGAAGGAAGUGAGCGGGCUGGUCCUCUCGACGGCGCGCGGCUCCAACCUCAUCAAGUACGAGAUCUCGCUCCCGCAGGCCACGCCCGUAGUACCCGUAGUACAAGUGCAGCAGCUAGACUGAGAGACAUUUCACACUGAUCAAACGUA